AUGGAGUCAUCGAUUAAUUCCCCGACAUCUUUCUCAUCAACAACAAUUAAUUAUCCAGCAUGGUGUGUUGAAGAUGUCCCAGUAAAUCAGGAUGAAUUGAAAGAAAUAUUCCAGGAUCUUCAAAAUAAGUUUGGAUUUCAAGUAAGUUCUAUGGAGAAUAUGUACCAUCAUAUGAUGAAUCAAUUAGAUUCGAGAACAAGUAGAACAACCCCAAGUUCCGCUUUAAAUUCAUUACACAUGUCUUAUAUUGGUGGUGAUAAUGCCAAUUUUAAAAAGUGGUUUUUAUCAACAAAAAUUGAUAUUGAUGAUAAUAUUGGGUUUAAUGAAUUGAAAUUAAAUGUUGGUUCUUCCAAUAGAAGAAAUAAAAAAUUUGCCAAAAAGAGAAAUUCAAAACUACAGAAAAUUGAAAAAGUAGAUGAAAAACUCUAUAAUUUUAAUUUAAAUCUCAAUUUUAAUAAUUAUAAUAAUGCCAUUUCAAAUAGUUCAAGUAAUAAUGAUUCAAAUUUUUAUUUUCUAUUGAAACAUUUUGGAUUUUAUAAAAAUAAAAAUAAAAAUAAAAAUGCAAGGGAUAAUUUUAAUAAAUCAAUGAAUUACGUUUGGAGAUUUAAAAUGUCUAAUUUAACCCCCUAUUUAAUGGCAAGGCAAAUUGCUUUGUAUUUGUUAAUAUGGGGGGAAGCAAAUAACUUGAGAUUUACACCAGAAUUACUUUGUUUUCUUUUCAAAUGUGCAUGGGAUUAUGAUGUUGCCACUUCAGCAAAUAAUGAAAAUUAUAAUAAUGGAGAUAUAACUAGUCAAAAUAGAGGUUUACCUUAUGAAAUUAAGACAGAAUACACUUUUCUAAAUGAUAUUAUAAGUCCAAUAUAUAAUUUCCUUAGAGGUCAAUUAUACAAUUUAGACAAAGACAAAAAUUUAACAAUUUCAAAAGAGAUUGAUCAUAAACAUAUUAUUGGUUAUGAUGACAUUAAUCAAUUAUUUUGGUAUCCAGAAGGUAUUGAAAGAAUUGUUUUAAAGGAGAAAGAUGAAAAUAAUCAAGUUCAGAGAUUAAUCGAUAAACCAUUAAAUCAAAGAUAUUUAUAUUUAAAAGAUGUAAAUUGGUCAAAAGUGUUCUAUAAAACAUAUAAAGAGAAAAGAACUUGGUUACAUUCAAUUACAAAUUUUAAUAGAUUUUGGAUCAUUCAUUUGACUUCCUUUUGGUAUUUUACAAGUUUAAAUUCCCCCAUUAUUUACACAAAAAAUUAUUAUCAAUUACUUGAUAAUCCUCCUUUACCUCAAGUUAAAUAUACAAUUAUUUCAAUCGGUGGAACUAUUGCAUGUUUAAUUCAAAUAUUUGCAACAAUAUUUGAAUGGGGGUUUAUACCAAGACAAUGGCCAGGUGCUCAACAUUUAAAAUAUAGAAUGUUUUGGUUAGUCAUUUGUUUCUUAAUAAAUUUCUUACCAACGCUUUACAUUUUGCUUCGAUUUGGCUUAUCAAUUUAUUCUCAUCAUGCCUAUUAUAUAUCCAUAAUACAACUAAUUUUUUCCAUACUUAUUUCAAUUUUUUUUGCAAUUAGACCUUUGGGAGGAUUAUUCUCAUCGUAUUUAAAUAAAGAUUUCAAAAAGAGACGAUAUAAUUCUUCAUUGGUUUUUACCUCAUCUUUCCCAAAGUUGAAAGGAAGAAGCAAAUUUUUUUCGUAUAGUUUAUGGUUUUUAAUAUUUGUGGCUAAAUUUAUUGAAUCAUACUUCUUCUUAACGUUAUCCCUAAGAGAUCCAAUUAGAGUUCUUUAUAUUUUAGAUAUGUCAAGAUGUAAUGGUGAUCGUUUAAUUGGAAAUUUUUUGUGUCAAUUCCAACCAAUUAUUACUCUAGCAUUAAUGUUAUUAACAGAUUUAGCUUUAUUCUUUUUGGAUACUUAUCUGUGGUAUAUUAUUUGUAAUAGUUUAUUUUCUAUUUUAUUAUCUUUUUCCCUAGGGACAUCUAUUCUAACGCCAUGGAAAAAUAUUUUUUCAAGAUUACCUCAAAGAAUUCAAUCAAAAUUAUUAUCUGAAGAUGAUAUGAAUUAUAAAUUAGGUUCAAAAACUUUAGUUUCUCAUAUUUGGAAUGCAAUUAUUGUCUCGAUGUAUAGGGAGCAUCUAUUAUCCAUUGAAAGUACGAAACCUUUAUUGUUUUUACAAAGGCCAACUGCUCCAAAUUCGUAUAAGAAGUCUAUCGAUUCCCCUAAAUUUUUUAUUGAGCAUGAUGACUCAACUUUUAAAACAAAUUUUUUUGCAACAACAUCAGAAGCAGAAAGAAGAAUUUCAUUUUUUGCACAAUCAUUAUCAACACCAAUAAUUCAGCCUUCUACAGUUGAAACUAUGCCCACUUUCACCGUAUUAAUACCUCAUUAUUCAGAAAAGAUUUUAUUUUCUUUAAAUGAAAUUAUAAAAGAAGAGUCAGUUAAUGCAAAGAUUACUAUUUUAGAAUAUUUGAGAGAAUUGUAUAAAAAUGAUUGGAAAAAUUUUAUUGCUGAUACGAAGUUGAUAUAUACCAAAGAAGAUUCUUCAAUUGAUGAAAAUUUUGGUAUAAUGAGUAGUUCAUUACCUAAUAAUUCAAAUGAUAUGAUUAGAGAUAAUUCUAUAAAAGGUUUAGAUGUUACUUCAAAUGAAAAUGUUAUUAAUGGUAACAUUAAUCUUCAGUUUGGUAGAGGUAUUAAUAAUAGAAGGGAUAGGAAAGUAACAAGGAAAGUAAUUCGUUUAAAUUCAAAUAAAACAGUAACUCAAUCUAUUACAGAAACCAAUGUAGAAACAAAAAGUUCAGUUAAUGAAUCGUUUAUUUCUAAUUUUAAGAGAAGUAAGGACCAAAGUACUUCGCAAUUAGCCACCGAGAUUGAUUCAAGCUAUAAUGACGAAGCCAAAAUGGUAGAUGAGCUGAUACAGAAGAAAAUUGAUCACUUACCAUAUGAAGUUUAUGGGUUUAAAACAUCAGAAGAUUUUUAUACUUUAAGAACCAGGGUUUGGGCGUCAUUGAGAACUCAGACUUUAUAUCGUACAGUAACAGGUUUUAUGAAUUAUUCUAAAGCAUUGAAAAUAUUAUACAGUAUUGAAAAUAGUUCAAUAUUUGAAACAUAUCACAAUGAUCCAGAAGGUUUGGACACAAUUUUGGAUAAUAUCAUUAAUAGAAAAUUUAAGAUGUUAAUUGCCAUGCAAAGAUACACAAAAUUUAACCCAAAUGAAAUUGAAGCUAUUGAAAUAUUAUUAAGAGGCUAUCCAUACAUAAAUAUAUCCUAUCUAGCCGAAGAAAAAGAUGAAGAAACAAAUGAAACAUAUUAUUACUCUUGUUUAACGGAUGGAUUUCAAGAAGUAGAUUUAGAAACUAAUUUAAGAAAGCCCAUUUAUAAAAUAAGACUAUCAGGAAAUCCAAUUUUAGGUGAUGGGAAAUCUGACAAUCAAAAUCAUUCCAUUAUAUUUUAUCGUGGAGAAUAUAUUCAAGUUGUGGAUGCAAACCAAGAUAAUUAUUUGGAAGAAUGUUUUAAGAUCAGAUCAAUUCUAAAUGAAUUUGAAGAAUCAUCUAUCGAUAGAGCUUUAGAUUAUAUUAUACCUGAAGAAGGUGCAGAACUUGAGGAAGUUAAACUUCCUCCUCCCGUAGCAAUUGUAGGUGCAAGAGAGUAUAUAUUUUCGGAAAAUAUAGGUGUUUUGGGAGAUAUUGCAGCAGGGAAAGAGCAAACAUUCGGUACACUUUUUGCAAGAACACUAGCAGAAAUUGGGGGCAAAUUACAUUAUGGUCAUCCUGAUUUUAUAAAUGCAAUUUUUAUGACAACUAGAGGGGGAUUAUCAAAAGCCCAAAAAUCAUUGCACUUAAAUGAAGAUAUUUACGCAGGUAUGAAUGCCAUUUGUCGUGGUGGUAGAAUCAAACAUAGUGAUUAUUAUCAAUGUGGUAAAGGUAGAGAUUUAGGGUUUAGCUCAAUUCUGAAUUUUACUACUAAGAUUGGGGCUGGAAUGGGAGAACAACUAUUAUCUAGAGAAUAUUAUUAUUUGGGUACUCAAUUACCAAUUGAUCGAUUUUUAUCCUUUUUUUAUGCACAUCCAGGGUUUCAUUUAAACAACGUUUUCAUAUCAUUGGCAGUUCAAUUAUUUUUCCUUUUCCUAAUUAAUUUAGGAUCAUUAAACUAUGAAACCAUCACUUGUAAUUAUGAUAAAAAUUAUCCUAUCACUUCAUUAGAAAAACCAAUUGGUUGUUAUAAUAUACAGCCAGCAUUGAACUGGGUUUCCAUUUUUGUUUUGUCUAUAUUUAUUGUAUUCUUUAUUGCAUUUGCGCCGUUAUUAAUUUUAGAAUUGUUAGAGAAAGGUAUUUGGAAAGCAACAACCAGAUUUAUGCAUCAUUUAUUUUCCAUGGCUCCAUUAUUUGAAGUAUUUGUAUGCCAAGUUUAUUCAAACUCAUUAUUAGGUAAUUUAACAUUUGGUGGGGCAAAAUAUAUAUCAACGGGAAGAGGAUUUGCGAUACAAAGAGUUAGUUUUCCUAUCUUAUAUUCGAGAUUUGUCACUGUAUCAAUAUAUUCAGGAAUUCAAGUGUUCAUCAUGCUAAUAUUUGCAACAAUAACAAUGUGGCAGCCAGCCUUACUGUGGUUUUGGAUUACAGUGGUUUCGAUGUGUUUCGCCCCAUUUAUUUUUAAUCCACAUCAAUUUUCUUUCCCUGAAUUCUUCUUGGAUUAUAGAAGGUUUUUAAUUUGGUUGUUUUCAGGUAAUAAUAAGUAUAAACGGGAAUCAUGGGCAACAUAUGUUAAACAUAAUAGAGCAAAAUAUACAGGUUAUAAAAAAAUUAGCAUUGGUGAUAGUUCUGAAAAAGAUAUUGGAAAUGUUAAGAAGCCUAAGUUCAAAAACAUAUUUUUUAUGGAAAUUUUUGCACCAUUUUUUAUCUUCAUGUUUAAUUUUACCUCUUAUACUUUUAUCAACGCACAAACUGGUGUUCAAGAUGCAGAAUUAACUCACUCGAUAAUUCGAUUAUUAAUUGUCACAUUCAUUCCAAUUGUAUUUAAUUUAGUAAUCAACAUCUGUUUUAUUCCAAUUUCAUUAUUUAUUAUACUGCCAUUCAGUCUAUGUAUAAAAGGUAGUAACGAUAUUACAGCUUUUGUACCUCAUAUUUUAUCUGUUAUAAUAUACUUAGUUGAUUUCGAAAUUAUGUGGUAUUUACAAGAGUGGAACUUUGCAAGGACCUUAAUAUUGUUGAUAACGUCAAUCAAUUUACAAAUCUUCUUAUUUAAAACGUUCACUAUACUAUUCAUAACAAGGGAAUAUAAAACCAAUAAAACCAAUAUGGUAUGGUGGUCUGGCAAAUGGAAAAACACAGAAAGAGGAUUGUCGAUAAGGAUAAUACCAAUUCGUGAGUUCUUCAUUAAACUAAUGGAAUCAAGUUAUUUUGCAGCAGAUUUCUACCUUGGCCAUUUAUUAUUAUAUUUGCAAACACCUUUAAUAUUUGUUGCAUUCAUUGACUAUUGGCACUCAAUGACAUUAUAUUGGUUGAAGCCUAUGAAUAUAUUUGCUCCGAAGAAAGUAUUUUUUAAGAAGGAAAAAUCACGUAGAAGAAGACGAAUAAUUGGUUACUUUUUGUUAUAUUUUUUUAUUCUUGGCAUUUUUAUUACCUUAUUAAUGAUACCAUUAUUUAUCAACAAGGUUAUACCUAAACAAGAAAAUAUAUUAUACCGUACGAUGUUUGCUAGUUUGAUGCAGCCCAGUAAGACAGAUAAUAAUGACACAGGGGUUAACGCGCCAUUGACCAUAUUAACUACUACUCCAGUGACUCCUACAUAUAAAACCGUUGCAUAA